AUGGAUUAUGAUAGUCUCCAUCGAAUUACCGCUGAGUUGCAUACUGCAGGCGUUCCUGUACUUCGCCUGCGCGAAAUAAGUCAAAUUUUAAAUCAGUGGACCACCCAAACAAGCCUCGACAAUCUCCUCCUUCUCGUUAAUGACCAUCGAAAUCAGACAGAAUCAACCACAUUUACCUACGUUUUAUCCACUCUGGAGCAGUUUAUCGCCAGAAACCAAAUGGCGCUCAUUAAAAACGGCCAAAAACAAACAGAAAUAUUCGAAGCGCUAGCGAAGUACACUGGACAGAGAGGAUUUAUAAAGACAAAAGUCUGCAAAUGCAUCGCUCUGAUGGUCGUUAUUUCAAUGCAAGAAAGCCGAAAUGCGAUUCAGGUCUGUUCCAAUUUUCCGAGGCCUAUUCAUCUGGAGAUUCUUCAAAUACUCUUUGAAGAAAUCGACAACAACGAUCACAUGACACGCUUGAGACCGAAAGUGCACGACGUUAUCCUUUCCCAGCCAGAGUUGAUAAUUCCUGUUGUCACUGACAGCCUGCAGAAACUUUCCGAUUUUCAGCAAAAUAAAGCCGAAGUUAUGAUGGCUAUAAAGCUCCUUGGCUCACUAGGGAGCAUUUACUCUCUUUCUACCGACAAUCUCGGCGACUGCUUUAAACACGUGGUUUCUUUCGCCGUGAAACCAACUGAAGAAAACGUCGAAAUUUCCGCCCAGAUUCUCGAAACCAUUAUUGACUUUGUUUCUGGCAAGAAUAAAUCAUGUUCAACAGUGAUGGCCGAUUACAGAACAAACCCAACGAGUUUGGCUGUUUUCAGCUCGAUUUUGGAGUCAAUUUUUCAAGUCAUUGCGACGCUUACUGAAAACGAGGCAUUGUGUGAAAAUUUUAUUUUGAAAUAA